CCAUCAACCAAACAAAACACCCAUCAUCAAAGAUCCAAUCUUUAACAAAACCCAUUUGAGAUUUUCCAUUUUCUGUCCGGAAAAGGCAUGGGUUUCGAGAUGAACAACAAGUCAUCAUCGAAGAGAGCGUACGUGACGUUCUUGGCCGGGAACGGGGACUACGUGAAGGGAGUGGUGGGGUUGGCCAAAGGGUUGAGGAAAGUGAAGAGCAAGUACCCUUUGAUCGUGGCCGUCUUGCCGGACGUCCCUGAAGAUCAUCGGAGACAGCUGACGGAGCAGGGCUGCAUCGUCAAGGAGAUUCAACCUGUUCAUCCGCCGGAAAACCAGACUCGGUUUGCUAUGGCUUACUACGUCAUCAACUACUCCAAGCUCCGUAUUUGGAAGUUCGUGGAGUACGAGAAGAUGAUAUACUUAGACGGAGACAUUCAAGUGUUCGGCAACAUCGACCACUUGUUCGAUCUCCCCAACGGGCAUUUCUACGCAGUGAUGGACUGUUUCUGCGAGAAGACUUGGAGCCACGCUCCUCAGUACAAGAUCGGAUACUGUCAGCAGUCCCCGGGAAAGGUGACGUGGCCGUCGGAGUUGGGCCCUAAACCGCCGUUGUACUUCAACGCCGGCAUGUUCGUCUUCGAACCGAGCUUGUCUACUUACCACAUCCUCCUCGAGACUCUCAAAGUUGUCCCUCCAACUCCUUUCGCUGAGCAGGAUUUCUUGAACAUGUAUUUCAAGGACAUAUACAAACCGAUUCCGCCGGUUUACAAUCUUGUCUUGGCCAUGCUGUGGAGGCAUCCCGAGAACAUCGAGCUUGACAAAGUGAAGGUUGUUCACUACUGCGCCGCCGGUUCUAAGCCUUGGAGGUACACAGGCGAGGAAGAGAACAUGGAGAGAGAAGACAUCAAGAUGCUUGUCAAGAAAUGGCGGGACAUUUACAACGACGAAUCUCUCGAUUACGACAAGAACAAGAACGAGAUGUAUAUCCGACAAGACGAUCACAAGCGACAGAAAGCCCUUCAGCCUCUUCUCGCAGCUCUCUCCGAAACCGGUGUUCUUCAUCACAUCAAAGCUCCAUCCGCAGCAUGAAAGAAAGAUACACAGCGUGCUAUAUUAUUACUUAGUUUGAAUUUUAGUAUACGAGAUUGUGCGUUGUGUUCCGGUUUUGGGAAGUUUUUGAUACCCAAAACCGGUUUAAGAUAUCGGUUUGUCUGAGAAGGAUGUAGUAUUUGUAAAUUAAGACUACACAAAAUUAAAGAUUAUAUACAAAGUGUAUUGUUUUAUAUGUAUU